CGCCGCGGCUAUUUUUGCGGCAGCCUGAGCAAAUCCCCUAAGCGCAUUAGCCGCGUCCCCGCGCUGUGCAGUCCCGGCCUGGGGCUGGGCUGCCCCCUCCCCCCCCUCGCCCCUUUCAUUGACGGCUGGGCCUGAGGGGCCGGGAUCGGGACCCGGACACAGGCUCCGUGUCCGCAGGAGCCGCCCGAGCCCUCCCGGCAGGUGGGAGCCGGGCCCGUGCCCGCUCCCGGGCCCCCCGCGGCCGGGCUCAGCGGGGCAGCGCCCCGGCUUGAGGGCAGCGCCGCCGGGCCCGAGGCUGCAGGGGGCUUAGGCUAAUCCGCCCGGCGAACGCAGGAAUGGAAUUAGAGCCGGGGCGGGCGCCGCUGCCCAGACACCCCGCCGCCGCCUCUCCGGGUCGCCGGCUCGGCAGAGCCCCUGGGCAGCUGGGCUGCGAGUCUGCCGCGUGGCCGGCCCGGGACGUGCGGCGGGGGCCCGCGGGAAUGAUCGGGCCGCAGCCGAGCGCGCCGCCACGGGGCCCCUCUCCCAGGGCCAAAGCCCAGGAGCCUCUGGAGGUGCCGCAGGUGGGGAAGGAGGGAGCAGAGGCGAGCCAGCGGGCCAAGCAGCCCGCAUCAGCUGGGCCAGCAGCGGCGCUGGAGCUGGAGGGGAGCCCUCGUCUGGGGAGGGUGGUCAGGUUCCUCCUGCCUCACACUACAAUUGAGGCCCCCCUGCCCCAGGAGGAGGAGCAGCAAUUCUACCAGGGGCUGGAGCGCCUGCUGGGGCCAAAGCAAGGCCGCUUCGGGCAGCUGUUCGCCGCCGCUGGCUGGGCAGAUGUCACAGAGGACAGAUUCCUGAGGAAGUUGGUGGUGAGAGAAGGCCAAGGAGAGGCCGGCAGGCCCCAGCCAGGCCAGGAGGUGACGGUGAAGCUGCUGGGGGUUCUGGAGGAUGGUAGCCUGGUGGAGAAGGACCCAAUGCUGACUUUCACCCUGGAGCAGGGGGACGUCAUACAGGCCCUGGAGCUCGGUGUCCAGUCCAUGCAGCUAGGAGAGGUGUCUUUCCUUCUCACCAGCUUCCAGUAUGCAUACGGUCACCUGGGCAGGGACCCUGAUAUCCCAUCGGAUGCCUCAUUACUGUAUGAGGUGACCCUGCUACAGAUCCGGGACAGCCCUGAUCUGGGGCUCCUGCCACCCUCCACGCGAAUCAGCCUCAGCAAGCAGAAGAGGGAGCGAGGGAAUUUCCAUUUUGAGCGGGAGGAGUACCAGUGGGCCAUGCAAUCCUACCAGCUGGCCCUGGGCAUCCUGGACUCACCUGGUGCAGUCCCUCCAAGCCCCGAGGAGGAAGAGGAGCUGCAAGAGCAUCAAGUGAAAUGUCUUAAUAACUGUGCAGCUGCCCAGUUGAAGCUGCAGCUGUUUGAGGAGGUGUUGGCAUCAUGCAGUGCAGUACUGCACAUCGACCCCGACAACGUGAAGGCUCUCUACAGGAAAGGAAAGCUGCUGUCAGAACGAGGAGAGGACCAGGAAGCCAUGAAAAUCCUAAAGAGAGCCCUGCAGCUUGAGCCCACCACGAAGGCAAUUCAUGCUGAGCUCUCAAAGCUAGCGAAGCGUCAGAAAGGGCAGCCGGAACGCCCUGCCCCCACAGACGUGGACGACCUGGUGCAGCCAGCAGCGUGCCAGAGCACAUGGGUACAUAGGCUUGGCCCAACCGGGACACUGGUGCUGCUCUGGUACCAGAACUCUGCCUCCCCAUUACUGUCCCUGGUCGCAGUUAUGCCUGUGUCUGCGUCCAAAGCCUGAUCACCUAGGGCCCUGCCUUGUUAACCUGGACCUGCCCAACCUGCCUGCCUAGCUGGAACUCCUGGCCCAAGGCCCUGAGUUUUAUCAAAGAGGGAUUCAUUCCCAGCUGGAAGGCUCAGGUAGAGGCUAUGUCACCUCUUCGUGGGUGAAGACACUUCUCCUGUUGCCCAUGAACAGGAGAGCAUGGUCUACACACGGGGCCGCCUGCUGGUUUAGUGUAUGUGAGCAGAAAGCUGGCGGGUGGAUGCUAGCACUGCGGAAAGGAGCCGUGAGGCUCUUAUAGUUCCCCAUGUUCUCCCCGGGGCUGAUGCUGAUGGUGCAGAACCCAGGUCCUCAUUGUUGGGGGACUGGGAGGGAGUUGGUGUCUGAUCAGGCAGCAAGAGGCCAGGGCCUGGGUAGAGGAACCCAGGACGUCCCUGCUCUACCAGGUUCCAACCCAGGGCACAUCAAAUGAUAGUUUAAAAAUGUGUGGCGCACGCCUACUCCCUGGGCCACUUCCUCUCCUGGCUUUGGUUCCCCUGCUGGUGCCAUCUUACGUUCUCCCUGGAGUCCUCUCCGGUCUGCGCUGGAGAGUUUUCCUCUCUCCAUCAUGGCUCAGCAAUGCCAUCCUCUGCGGUGGCUUGGCAGCAAGGCCUGGGCACGGCCACCUGGGCCCCAGCAGCUUCUCGGCAGGAGCCUGCAACACACAACUGCCCCCCAGAAUGAGCUGAGCUGUCCCCUUUGAGCUCAGCCUUCACCGAGAGCAUACCCAGCAGGGGCCGCUGGGCAGAACUUUCUGGGCCCAGGGCUGCUCCUUACCCCUUCCCUCACCAGUGUGGGGCCUGCACGUCCCAUCGCACCCAUUCACAAGGUCCCUGCCUAGCUAGAGCCCAUGCAGAGAUACUCCCAGCCCCAUCUGGCAUUGUGCAGGGAUGGGCUGGAAGGCUGCAGAGGCUCCAUUUGGGCAUGAGAAGAACUGCCCCUAACCCAGCAAUGAAACCCAGAAACUA